AUGUACUUGGAGAACAAAAACAACCCUGAGAUGGAGAUGACCUCCGCCCAAGGCCACCCGGGCCGGAGCAGCCUGAGCUCGCCGGAGGCCCUGGCCGGAAACUUUGGGGAGCUGCGCCUCCUUCAGGGCAUCUCGGAGAGGAGGGACACCCAGAAGCUGCAGCAGUCUGCGGUCCUGCCCAACGGACAGUGUGUGAUCCACACCGAGGGCUUCGUCCCGGUGCGACAGGACAACGGGCACGGCUUCAGCGUAUUAAAUAUCCUGAGAGGAAAAACGAAUUCUGCAAACCUCACAGAGAAGUCUCCGCUGCUGAGAUUCUCCCAAGACGAAAGCAUGACCUACAUGACCCUGCACGACCCGGGCUUCGUGGGGGAGGAGGCGCCGUGGGACGGGGGCUCUCCGGACCUGGAGAGGAGGUACCGGCUGGGCAGCGAGGUCACCAACCUCUCCUUAUCCCGCUCCAGCUCCUCGGAGAAGAACGUCCCGCUGGAGAACCUCAACCUCAACUUCAAACUCACCAACAACGUGAAAUGCUGCUUCAAAAUCUCCAAAAUUGCCAUCAUGUUUACUAUAGUCGUCCUCUGCAGUCUGUUCUUCAGCAUGUAUCCGGACAGAGAUAACCCCGUGAGGAUGUUGGCCGUCUCCCCCUCAGAAAGCUUCUCCAUGAACCUGACAGAUUUCCGGGACAACGCCCUGCUGAAGCUGCAGGUCGGGGGGGCGUUUUCAGUUGGGAAGGUGGACAUCAACACCCAGGACUACAUCCUGAUCCAGGUGGAGCAGACGGAGGGGGGACGCAGGAGGAGGGCGCAGCAGGUGAUUCACAACUGGACCAUUCCUCUGCACAGUGAUCGCAGCGACCAGAUACUGCUCACCAAAACCUUUGAGAUUAUCAGCAGCGACACCAUCGUGGUCUCGGUGCAGGCCUUCCUGCAGGAGGAGGAGGUGGUGCCGCUCUCCAUGACCCACCAGGCGCUCUACGUCAACGUGGAGACGCAGGUGGCCAUCGCCGCCAUCAUCCUCACCGGGGUCUACGUCCUCAUCAUCUUCGAGGUCGUUCACCGUACUCUGGCGGCCAUGUUGGGAUCUUUAGCAGCAUUAGCCGCUCUAGCUGUCAUCGGGGAUCGGCCCAGUCUGGUGACGGUGAUGGAGUGGAUCGACUACGAGACGCUGGCUCUUCUAUUCGGCAUGAUGGUGCUGGUGGCCAUUUUCUCCGAUACGGGCUUCUUUGAUUACUGCGCUGUGAAGGCGUACCAGUUAUCCAGAGGACGAGUUUGGCCGAUGAUCAUCAUCCUCUGUCUCAUCGCUGCCAUCCUCUCUGCGUUUCUGGACAACGUGACGACCAUGAUGCUCUUUACUCCGGUCACCAUCAGGUUGUGCGAGGUGCUUAAUCUGGACCCCAGACAUGUCCUGAUUGCAGAAAUAAUCUUCACCAACAUUGGGGGGGCCGCCACAGCUGUCGGAGACCCGCCCAACGUCAUCAUCGUGUCCAAUCAGGCGCUGCGGAGAGAGGGGAUUGAUUUUGCCAGCUUCACAGGCUACAUGUCCCUGGGAAUAGUCAUCGUCCUCUUCUCCUCAUUUCCUAUGCUGCGGAUGCUCUACUCGAACAAAAAGCUCUACAACAAAGAGUCCAUUGAGAUAGUGGAGCUGAAGCAUGAGAUCCUGGUGUGGCGUCAGACGGCGCAGCGUAUCAACCCCGCGAGCCGCGAGGAGACGGCGGUGAAAUGCCUCCUGAUGCAAAAAGUGCUCAACCUGGAGAGUCUACUGCGCAAGAUGAUGCACACCUUCCAAAGAGAAAUUGCUCAGGAGGAUAAGAACUGGGAGCAGAAUAUUCAGGAACUGCAGAAGAAGCACAGAAUAAGAGACAAGGUUCUGCUGGUGAAGUGUGUGUUCGUCCUCACGGUGGUGAUCUUCAUGUUCUUCCUCAACUCCUUUGUUCCCAGCAUUCAUCUGGAGCUCGGAUGGAUUGCGAUCCUCGGCUCUAUGUGGCUCUUGGUGCUUGCUGACAUCCAGGACUUUGAGAUCAUCCUUCAUCGGGUGGAGUGGGCCACGCUGCUCUUCUUCGCUGGCCUCUUCGUCCUGAUGGAGGCUUUAGCGCAGCUGCAGCUCAUCGACUAUAUUGGAGUGCAGACAGCGAUGCUUAUAAAAUCGGUGCCAGAGGACCAGAGGCUGGCGAUAGCGAUCAUCCUGGUGAUGUGGGUCUCUGCUCUCGCUUCUUCCCUCAUCGACAACAUCCCCUUCACUGCCACCAUGAUCCCAGUUCUGAUCAACCUGAGUCAGGACGCAGACGUGAACCUGCCGGUGAAGCCGCUCAUCUACGCCCUCGCUAUGGGGGCCUGUCUUGGAGGAAACGGCACAUUGAUCGGAGCUUCAGCUAACGUCGUGUGUGCGGGAAUCGCCGAACAACACGGAUACGGAUUCUCCUUCGUCGAGUUCUUCAAGUUAGGAUUUCCCAUGAUGAUCAUGACCUGUAUGAUCGGCAUGUGCUACCUGCUGGCUACACACAUUGGAUUAGGCUGGAACAUGUGA